CGCAGUACGCAUCCCAACCACGUCAGUCGCCUGUCCGGCCGCACAAUCUUUUGUAAGGAGGGCCAUGAAAUCCUUAAUGCUUCCUCGCUCAUUUAGCCCCUUCACCGCCCUCUCCUACCGCAUGCGGCGUUUUCUCAGCAGGGCACCUCUGGGUUCUUCAGAUUUGCGUUGAUAUACAAAGAUAACAAUGUGUGUGUGUGUGAGAGAGAGAGAGACUGUCAUAGUGUCAUAUUGCUCUCACCCAUCUUUCGGAAUAUGUAGUGCAACACAGGCUCUACAGGGUGGUGUUGACACUUUUAUGAAGGGAGUAGGAGGCAACUCAGACAAGGAUACAAUUGAACAUGUGAAACGUGUUAUUGAAAUGAUAGAGCGGGCAGCAUCAAAGAGGGAAGUUUUACACACAGAUUUUCUCACACCACCUGUACUAAAGGAGUCGAUGUUAACAUUAGGAAAGUUAGACCAUGUCAAAGCUAUUGCUCAAGGAGGGUACCCAGAGGCUGAGCGUUGUAGACUCUCAGUUGGACAUCCGAAGUUAUUAGCAACUGAUCCAGAUAUUGUUUAUGCCAUAAGAAUUUCAGGGAACUUCUCCUUUCAGCCCUGUUCUCAUGGCGAUUUGCUUGGGGCAAUCCUUAGUACUGGGAUUUCCAGAAAUAAGUUGGGAGAUAUUGUCUUGCAGGGUGAAAAGGGAGGUCAAGUUCUUAUUGUUCCAGAACUAGCUGACUUCCUCACAUCAACAUUGGACAAGGUUGGAAAUGUUACUGUCUCCUGUAAAAGGAUUCCAUUGCUUGCACUUGAAUAUGAACCUCCAAGGACCAAGUUGCUAAAAACUAUAGAAGCAUCAUUGAGACUUGAUGCAAUAGCAAGUGCAGGGUUCAAAGUUUCACGUACCAAGAUGGCCGGUCUCUUAAGUAAUGGAGAUGUGCGUGUCAAUUGGACAACUGCGAUGAAAAGCAACACUACUGUCAAGACUAGAGAUUUGAUAUCUGUAACCGGUAAAGGAAGAUUAAAGAUAGGGGAAAUUGUUUCGACUAGGAAAGGGAAGUUUGCCGUUGAGCUGAUCCGAUACAUUUGAACCUUGAAGGUACGGCACCAUGUGAAGUUAUUAGUGUUUGACUAUUUAGAAAUGGCGAAAUGGAUAAUCUAUAUGGUGCCUUAAGGCCAUCAAGGGCAACACAUCAGAAGUUUAAUUGUCAAAACUUACAAAGUCUCGAUUAAUUAUGUCUGUAUAAAUUGCCUGUCAAUCU